AUGUAUGAUUCUCCCUCCUUAGAUAAAAUCAGCGAGGCUGAGCUUAAAAUAUGUUCAUGGGCGUUGGAACAUAACGUGGCCUUCGCUGCUGUUGAUAAGCUCGCCGAAGUGUUAAAAGGCUUGUCUAUCGAGCCAAAGUUGUUGCAAAAGUUGAGGCUGGGGAGAACAAAAACAGCAUCAGUUGUGGAGUCGGUUAUUGCGGUGACUCAGCAUGAUGAACUUGUCGCUCAGAUGAGACACAACGAGUUUUCCAUCAUUAUUGAUGAGUCUACCGAUCUAAGUAGUAACAAAACACUUGCAAUAGUAGUCAGGUUGAUGGAUCAAGAGUCGUUUUGUGCUAAAGAUGUUUUUUAUACUACCAUUGAAGUUGAGUGUGCUGAUCAUGUAACGCUUCACACUGCCAUUGUUGCACAAUUUGUCUCAGAUAACAUAGACUAUAAGGAACGGCUCAAAGGAUUUGCUUCGGAUGGAGCAUCUGUGAUGAUGGGACGAAACAAUUCUGUAAUGCGAUUGUUUAAAAAGGAGUGCCCGGAUAUGAUCCACAUCAAAUGUACUUGUCAUUCCUUAGCAUUGUGUGCUAGCUACGCGUGUGAAACUAUUCCAGCAUACAUGGAACAGCUUAUGCGAGACAUAUAUAAUUAUUUGUCAAGCAGCCCGAAACGUUCUGCGGAAUUUAAAACUAUACAGGAGAUUGUUGACCUCAAGCCGUUGAAGAUCCUCCAUCCGUCCGCUACGAGAUGGCUUUCUCUAGAGGCGGUUAUCAAACGAAACCUUGACAGAUUUGACGAGCUCAAAUUAUUCUUUUCCUUCCAAGUUAAAUAUGAGCACACUCAAUCGGCCAAUCGCAUAUUGAAACAUCUCAAUGACCCUAUGACAAAACCGAUAAUGCUGUUCCUCAACUAUGUAUUGCCGCUCAUCAACAACGUUAACCGCACUUUUCAGUCCGAAAGUUCUCAGUUCUUCGAAAUUUACAACGAGAUAAAAACUUUGCUGUUCAUUAUAUUGGGAAACUUGUCUUCCGCCGAACAGUGGCCUCUGGAACGCCAGAAUAAUUUGCUGAUUGCCGGAUAG